CGACGUGAUUGUUAACUUCUUGCGAGCGAGCUACGUUCGAUUGCGGUGAUUUGAGGAAAGCUACGUGCUACUACGGUUUCGAAGUGCGGGAGGCACAGCCAGGCUGGGCGGUUUGUUGUUGUCAGUGGUUCCGUUCCGGUGUGCGGUGGUGGUCGGCCGGGUGUGAGAUAAGCACAGAGCAAGCAGACGAGUCUCAAAAGGUGUUUGUGUGGAGUGGAUGCAUUCUGUGUUUACCAUUUCAGCGAGCGUUGUAUUCCCGGAAAGCGGGUAGCGGGGUGAAGACCUUCCUUUACCUGUGUGGAUAAUAAUUUACCGGGUCAGGUGUAGGAACGUGCUUAUCGCAAUCAAACUGAUGUCGUGAUUUUUUAUCAAACGAACCACCACCGGGAGAAAAGCAGAUCUUCUAUGUUUGACGGUUCGUGAUAGCGUUAUUAGGUUGAUUACUAUCUACGAAGAGAAGUGUGAAACGUGAGCUUGGAGCGUGCUUGCGAAAUAGUUUGUGAUACCUCGGAAGAAAAGUCUAAAAUUGGAGAUGAAAAUUACUGGAUAUGGCUGAGUAUGAUUUGAGUGUUGCGGUGUGAAACUAAGCACAGUGUUAUUCCAAUCUUGACUUAAUUGGUGAAUAGUAUUUGUGGAUACGUGGAACAUUUAGUUUCAGCACUGUUUUAUAUGAAAUCGUAAGGAACAUCAACAGGUUUGUUCGGUAUUCUGAUGAAUAUUGAUCUAACAGUCUUUUAGCAGAGCCAUAGAAAUAGAAAGUUGUUCGCUUAUAAAGUCACAGAGAAGUUGAUGCGGGCUAUAGUCAAUACUUCCGACUGAGGUGCACCCUCGAGCUAUCCUGCAUCGCAUUACCUGCCACGACCACCAUCAAGUGCACAUCCCUCCAGCAUCCAGUGCCAGUGCUGCUGACAACGACGGCGGCGGCGGCUACUAAACACACAGAACAACGUCGAGACAGGAUAACGGAAUGAGUCAGCAGCGUCGAGCAACAGCAGCUUGCUAGGAAAUUCAUACGAAAUCGAUUUUCUCUUCCCUUCGGUUGUCGCCGUAUACACGUCCCCAAGAACUGCAGAUACGGCACGCUGAUGCUGUUGUAGUCUGCCUGCCUAAUGGGAAUGUCAUCAUCACCGUGAAACAAGUGAUUUCAGCAGUGCAGACAUUAUGGGUCGAUACAACCAUUUCUACAUGUCCAAGCGAUAGAUUCUUAUCAUCAUUUUGGGCGUUCGUCAUUUAUGAAAGCGAAACUUGGCUCUUAUCGGAAGUGAGCCGGCGACAAGGACAAAGCCCAGGGGGAAUCGUGUUUGCAUAUGGCAAAUUGAUAGUUGAUACGGUGGAAGAGGGUAUUGAUUUUCGUUGUUUGUGAAGGCUUUUUGAUUUUGCACGUGUUACAGUGGAAAUUUGAUUCCACUUCGACAUCGUAAGACGAAACGACAUAAAAAUAACGGAAGAUAUUUGAAUCGCUAGUGGGAGCAAUUGGUUGUGGGUGCGGAGAUCGGAGAAGCAAAAGUGAAGAAGAAAUGAAGCGAAAUCGAAAGUGAAACUACCAUAAAAAGCAAAAAAAUAUUAAAGGCAUGCGUGCGAAGUAAAGGUCGAUAGGAGUGGAGGAGUAACGUGAAGAAAAGUGUGUCAUUGAUCGAUCACAUUCACGGAAUAAAAGAAACUACUGCUGGCAACGAGUGCUCGAGGGCAGCGAGGGGUGGCGUGACAAAGUGUCCCUGUUUAUGGCUAUAUGUUCAUUCGCUGUCGCUCUUUCCAAAUUUAGUAGAAUUGAGGGAAAAAAGCGGAAGAUAAAGCCUUGGCAGCAUAAGGAGAAGUAGCCGAAGGUAUGCAGCAGAAACCGGAGGAGUUAGUGUUGCGAAGGUGAACAAAAGGAAAGGGAACAACCGAAACAGGUCCACAGACAGAUUGUAUGCGUGAUUUUUUGAUCUGUGAACCGAAUUGGAAUUCUGUCAGUCUGUAUACGAAAAAUAUUGUUAAAUAUUAAAAGUGGUCUGAAAAAAGGCGAGGAGGAUAUUUGGCACUAAACAAACAGAUAUCUCAGCUUGGAGCGAUCGUUUGCGGAACCGAGAUCAAAAUGAUGCGAAGAAGAGCACCAAAUCGAUACAGUUGCAUUAAUUUUCCCAGCCGAGUGGAAGGAUGGUUGGAUUUUUACGAAACCGAAGGCCAGUCCACCCGCUCCGCCAACGUGCCUUGGGGGCCAUUGUACUGCGUUUUGCAACAGGACGAACAAACCCUCACAACAUACUGCAGCGAAGAACUUUCGAUAUUUCCACUAACACCGAAAAAGCUGACAGACGUUCUAUUUGCCGAGCUGCCUCGCGUGCGGCUCGAUCAACCACCAAAGCACCAGAUGAAGACGAUCUGGGAGUCGGCCCACCCCACGCUGCAGGAGGAACCGGAGGAGGAUGCCGGUGAACAUCACAUCCAGCACAACACGUCACUGCGGAGUGCUUUAGACACAUCAUACGAAAAGGCAUGCCGAAGAGGCUCGGCACCGAGUACCCCGAUUCUGGGUCAGAAGUCAGAAUCAACCUCGCGGUUUACAAACUUUUUCUCCAAACGUUCCUUCCGAUCGAACCCGCUGAAACGCACAAAAUCCGUCACAAAGCUGGAACGAUCGAAGCGAGGCCAAGGCGGCCUCCGGGGCUCCCGAUCGCACGAGAGUCUCCUGUCCAACCACGCUGUAAUGUCGACCAUCGAUCUGUCCUGCAUCGGUGCGAUCGGAGUAGUUCCAGUACACGCGUCAGUAUUAGGUCGACGGCACUGUUUCCAGGUGCGAGGAGGACCGCGUGGAGAGCGGUACUACAGUUGCGGAUCCCGGCAGGAACGGGAUCUAUGGAUCUACAGUUUGCGGAAAUCCAUCGCACCGAACGCCGAGAACACCAGGCGGACGGACAACUCGCUUAAAAUGUGGGUGUACGAAGCCAAAGCACUGCCCCCGAAGAAAAAGUAUUUCUGCGAGAUUAAUCUCGACAAGACGCUGUACGGACGAACGUCGGUGAAACUUAGAACGGAACUGCUGUUCUGGGGUGAAUAUUUUGACUUUCCGGACGUACCGGAUAUCAAUGUGAUAACAGUGAACGUCUACCGGGAAGGCGAGAAGAAGAAGAAACGAGACAAACACGCACUAAUAGGAUCGGUGAAGAUUCCGAUUCAUGAGGUCACUUCGCGAACGUUCUCCGAAGAUUGGUACCCAAUAAUUUCCGAUAAGCAUGAUAGUAUCAGCAAGAACUCUUCCAAAGAACCUAUUCCCACACUGAGGAUAAAGUGUCGCUUCCAAAGCAUAGAUAUUCUUCCGUUCGGAGUGUAUCAAGACUUCUUAGAAUACCUUAAAGAGAACUACAAAAAGGUUUGCGAAAUACUGGAACCGGUUAUCGGAGUAAAAGCUAAAGAAGACAUCGGUCAAGCGCUGGUACUGUUAAUGCAUGCCCAAGGAAUAGCUGCCGCAUUCCUCACAGAUGUAGUUGCUCUCGAUCUGCUUCGAGUCGGCGACCAACGGUUGACUUUCCGUGGCAACUCCCUUGCAACUAAAAGCAUGGAGGCAUUUCUCAAACUCACUGGCGAACAGUACCUGCAGGAUACGUUGUCUGCUCCAAUAUCUGAGAUCAUUUCCUCAGAUCGAGACUGCGAGGUGGAUCCAUUGAAGGCAAAUGGAUCGCUCUCGCGACAGCAGCAAGCCCUUCGAAAUGCUGUAAAGACAUCUUGGAACAGUAUUGCUGAUAGCAGCAAAAAUUUCCCAACGCAGCUGCGCGACUGCUUCUCCACAUUCCGCGAAAGAUUGCAGAUGCUCGACCGUGAGGACAUGGCCGACAACCUCAUCAGUGCCUCCAUCUUCUUGCGCUUCUUGUGUCCAGCGAUCCUUUCGCCUAGUCUGUUCAACAUCACAAACGAGCUUCCCUCGGCCAGAGCUACGCGCAACCUCACGUUGGUUGCCAAAACGUUACAAACGUUGGCCAACUUCACUCGCUUCCAAGGCAAGGAAAACUUCAUGGAAUUCCUUAACGACUUCCUCGAAAACGAGGCACCUCGAAUGAAGCAAUUCCUGCAUGACAUUUCAACGCGAUCGGAAAACCCUAUGCAGGAAAGUAUCCUUGACUGGGCAGGGCAUAUUGAUCAAGGGAAGCAGCUUUCCAUACUGCAUACGUUGCUAGCUGAAAGUAUCCAGAAACUGCCCACAUCUAAGCAACUUGACCUCCAUCCACUUCCAAGCAUCUUGGAAUCCAUCACAGCCGCCAAGGAGACCAACAGUUUCAUUACUACUCAGCAACAGAAUCCUCAGCCUCAGCCUCACCCCAACCAGGAAAACCAAAGCCUAUCGAUCGCCCCUCUGAAGGGCACAGAACGUGGAAUCAUAAGAGGCGUCCUUACGCCGACUUCCCUGGAAAAGAAUAUCUUCCGCUACAAUGAUCCAACCGUACGCCCCCUUCUAAGUCAGAACCAGAGCUCAGGCUCGCUCCAACACUCGCACUCCACUUCCAGUAUUAACUCAGCCACCAACCUGCACGUGGUGAGCCCAGCCAUCCAACAUCACAACAUUUCCAGUACAAACAACACCAACGAUAACAAAUACCAAUACCAAAUCGGCAGCAUGCGAACCUACGGAGCGGUUUCACAGUACUACAACAACUCGAGCAACAUCGGAAGUCUCAAGACCGAAAAGGAAAAGAGUCCAGUUUUGAACUGCGGACUUCGAGCCAGCACGCUACCCAGAAACAAUCCCGUUACCGUGAGCAACGGCAAUGUCACCGCGGAAUCUGACGAGCACAACAAUGCAACCAAUCUGAUUCAAAUCGGCUUCGAUCCCAGCAAUGCCUUCAACCGCAAGAGCCCGACUCCGCUAUUGAAAUCGUCGACACACAUUAAUGGAAGUCGGAGUCGCAAUCUGAAUGGAUCACAGCUAAGCCUCCUCUCGGACAUCGGCAAAAACCCGCUCAGCCUGGGGAUCCCGCACAGCGAGAUGGUUACCAGUUCAACCCCGACACCUGCGCCAAACCAAACCAAUCCCUCCAACAUGCCGAUGAGCUUGGACGAUUUGGAGGACUUGCUGAACUAUGCCGACGAGCAAAACGUUGAAAACCAAAAGGGCAAGGAACAGCUCACGAGCAAAGGCAGCAACAUUUCGAUAGGGCAGAUCUCCAAUAUCUGCAGUUCAGGAUACCAAAGUAUAACGACCCAGUCGCAAAGCUCGAGCCCGGUGGAACUCGGUCAGCAACAGAUCGAGUAUGUGGCCAACAAAGUCCCCCCACCGCGCAAGAUCAACAACGGCAAGUAUGGUUACGUCAAUCAGCGAUUUACCCACGCCAACACCACCAAUAUGACCAAUUUAAAUAAUAAUAAUAAUACCAAUAACAACAACAACAAUGAUCACGAUGAUCACUAUGUACCGCUGUACAAAAAUCCCCUUUAUCACCACGGCACGAACGGAAACAAUGGCAGUGCUCUGAACGCGUACAACAAUAAUCUGAUCAUUGGAAGUAACGUUGGCGGCGGAAACAGCGGAUUGAUCAACGGUGGUGGCGUCUACAAAAGCCAUCUCAGCACAAUCGGAAGCGGCGGGAAUCUACACACGUCGAGCAGCGAUGAGCGGCUGAGCAAUAACGACAACUAUCGCGAUUUGGAUUCGCUGAAUACCGGAAAUGGAAAUGGGUUUGAUUCUUUCGGUGGCUUACACGGAAGGAGGCUGGGCAGCAGCCGAAUGCCGCGAACGAACCCCUUGAUGCAAUAUAAACGCGAAGAACCGCUGGAUAUGCAACCGAUAGGAAGUUACCCCACCGCGGGUAGUAUCUCUCGGGACCACCACCAUCACGGCAACUCCGGCGCCGGUAACAGUCGCUACCAGCGCCGAAUGAGCAUCGACUCGGGCCGGACACUGUCGGACAGCUCCACCGAUACCGAAAGUGGACCCAAACAACAGCACCACCAUCCGGUGUCGGCGAGUUUGAGCGGCCCAGUGAGCAGCCAUCUGGGUCUGAUCGGUGGCAGUGGUGGUCACAGCGAAAGCAAACGGAGACAUCAUCGCACCAGCACCAGCAAAUCGGUGGAACAAUGCGAACGAGAAAUCCAACGACUUCAGGCUUCGGUGGACGAGCUGCGCCAGAAGCUGGAAGAAUCCGAACUGAAGGAGGUCAGCGAGGACCGGGAGGCGAUUUCGCACCACAGCGAUUCCAAGAUUCGCAGCAUUAUUGGACGACUUUUGGCCAUGGAGGAGGAACUCCGACGGGAGCAGUACAAGAUGUCGCUGGUCCUGUCCCACAAGCAGCGGGUCAUCGAAGCCCAAGGUCAGCAAAUUGCCGCCCUCGAUGCGGCCAACAACCGCCUGCUGACUGCGCUGUCCAGCCUGCGAAAUCGCUACGAAAAUCAAUCCAACCAAAGUGACACAAGUUCGCCGGCUCCGAAUGCGAGCGCUUCGUCCUGCUAGACGGGAAUGUGUCAAAUAUAGACAUUUUUUAUUACAAAACACAAACCGCUCUCUCCACCGCAACACGCAAACUGCUUUGAGUCAAAUCGAAACAAAAAAUAUAUUUGUACAUAUUCUAAAUUUGAGACGUUUUUUUCAAACUAUGUUAUCAUAUAUAGGUUUUAAAUAUUUAUUGUAAAAAGCACAGUUGCAUAAGCAGAUCAUCCAAAACGGAGAAUGAUUUUUUUAAUGGUAAUUCGACUAUCAUGCCCCCAAAUAAGUGUAUCCGUUGUUUGCGUGAAUGGCACAAAUUUCCUCGAUGUUUCCACGAAAAGUUUUCCAACACCAAAAGUUGUUUUUCGUCAGCGAGUACUUAUUCGAUUGCAAUAAAAAUGGAAACAUCGCUUUAAACAAAUCUGGAAGAAAAAGGUGACUGACUGCCUUCAACAAUGAUCGUCAACCAGUAUUUAUCCUAAAAUGUAGAUACUGCGAGUAUCACAACCCUCACAGAUAAACCACCAUUGAUCCUAAUUUUAGUGAUGUUUUGUUUGCUAGCCACUGUACAGCCUCUUGAAGGACUAAUCAAAUAUAACCAAAGAAUCAUUUCAAUAACAAAAAGUAAAAAAGCACGGCAAAAUAACCUUUCUUCAUCCCGCAAGUCGAAUACGAACUUAGUGUUAGCAGAUGCAAAUCAAAAUCAUACGUACAGUUUGAAGAAAUAAUUGUUGAGUGACAAAUCCAUAGUUUGCUAUUAAAUAAACUUUCGUUCUUUUCAAGCAAAUAUUGAUCCAAUUUGGCACUUAGAUGAAUGUUAGAUUGUUUUCGCGUAAAACUGACUUACCUUCAUUAUUUUUGUUUGUAGAAAUUACCGAUAAUCAAGAAAUAUAUCGCAUAUGGAAUAUUUAUAUGAAA